UUGCUUGGCGUGUGUUCCAUCAUUUCAUUAGGAAAAGUAACAAAACCAUAGUUGGCUGAUCGAACUGAUUAAAUCCGACAGAAGAGCAGAUGAGAUAGUUGCAAUUGAUUAGUUAUUUUUGUUCACUGACCAAUAUGGACGUUAACGGAACAAUGGAGCGUCGCUUCAGCCUAAGCAACUCUCCGCGCUUAACAAACCCCAUUGCGGAUUCCACAUGGAUUGAUGGCAUGCCUGUCACACAGCGAGCAGCGGCGCGCCAGCUAUAUAGAAACCUAAGUGGCGCGCAGCGCAGCAACUCGAGCAGCUGCUUAAGCAAUGGUUACACAAAUGAAACGCCGCCAAACAGAUAUCUGCAUCAGACAUCGAGGACCUCCACAAGCAUAUCUAAAAUGACACGCCAAAAGCUAAAUCUCAGCCAGCUUGAUCCCAAAACCUAUGCGGAUGUGCACAGCAGCGGAUUGACCUCACGCAUUGCUGGUUACCAGCAGGAGAGUAGUCGUGGCCUGCAGCGCAGCAUGUCCUACAACAAUGUGUACAAUCCGAUGACACUGCCACGACGGAUUGCUCCAUUAAAUAAGCGCGUACUGCCUGCGGUAUCGAUAACGCACAUUGCGCCGCCCGAGCGUAGUUUUUUCUGCGGCAGUACGUUGCCCAGUCUGCUGCGCUCGAAUUCGCUGCUGGGCGUGGAGAAGAACACCGAGCAGUUGUCGCGCGAGAAUCGACCCAUAAUGCAUCCGCCGCCAUUGCAGCAUGAAAGCGAACCGACGCGCAGCGUCCUCGAGGAGCUGAAGGAGAUUUCGCGCAAGCGAAUCAACAGUGGCGAAAUACAACCGAAUGAUUUCAAAAAGAGCUGCAGUCGUAUGACUGAUUACGUUGAUCAUCAUCAUCAUCAUCCACAACAGCAGCAGCAACAUCAGCAGCAGCAGCAGCAGCAGUUGUCCAUGUUGCAGCUGCAGUCGGGCCUUAAGCGGCAGCGUGAACUUACUGUUACGGUGCCUCUGCGACAGUAUCAUUCACCAAUAUCGCUGUCUCACCAGCUCCAUCAACAACAACAACAACACCAUCAGCAGCAUCACCACCAACAGUUUCAAAUGUCUGGACAUCAUUAUUCAGUUAGCGUUUCGCCGGAGCAGCUGGCCAAACGUCGAAAUUGCAGUCACAGCAAUGAAAUUGCCGGGUCUCUCAGCUCCAGCAAGCUGCUCAGCAGCAAGCGCCAAUUAAACUCAUCCACCGUUAGCGGCAGCAGCAGCAGCAGCUCGCCGGAAAGCUCACCUCGCCAACAGGUGGCGAAAAUACAGCGCAAUCAGAGCAACACAAUCAAUCUACAUCUGGAGCAUUUGACGAGAGCGCAAAGUGUGCCGAUUACACCGCUGCCGGCAACGCCUGCACAGCGCACACAGUCCGCGCCCGAGCCCAAUCUGCAGGCGGUACCAAAACCGGAGACGCCCGCCAAACCAAAACUGACAUUGUUCAAUGCAUCGCAACAUCAAAAACAACAACAGCAGCAGCAACAGCAGUCGCAGCGUGAGCAAGAAUUUGAUCUGGACAGUCCCGAUGUGGAUGCCAGCGAAUAUGCGGGCAUACAAUUUGUCAAGCCGAAGCAACAGAAUGCGCUGGGCACCCAAAAGAAUUCCAAUUUGGAGCGUACACAAAAAACCAAGCUGGCGCUUAUGCUAAGCAGUUUGAAGGGUGAAAUCUACCAGGAUGAGACGGACUUGUCUGACGAGCCGGAUGCGAUGACCACGCCCAUUAAACCAACGACAAUUGCAACAACAAGAACAGCUACACUAACAACGGCAACAGCAACAACCACAACCACAAAGCCAAUUAUACUGGGUGUAAAAACCAUUGCGCCAGCGCCAACAAUUUCAACAGCAAACACCGCAGCGACAACAACAACUACAAUAACAACAACAACUACUAUAACAACAACAACAAGCAAUACCUCUUUACCGUUGCUUUCAUUUAACACAACAGCUAAAAGCACCGCAUCAGCAACAACGGCAACAGCAGCAGCAGCAGCAGCAACAGCAACAACAUUAAUGACAACAGCAAACAACAACAAUGCUUUGCCUUUUCUUUCAUUAAACAACGCUGCAGUAAUCAAAACACCCAACAAGGAAUCAUCAACAACUUUGAACACCUCAACAGCCUUUACACUGCCGACAACAACGAGCCAAACAGCAGGCGCCUCACCGACUCUUAUUCCAAAACUUAACUUUACACCAACAACAAUUGGGACAACAAUAACAAUGCCGCCUGCAUUAAACUUUAACCAGCUGCCAACGAUAGCACCAGCAGCAGCAGCAGCAGCAGCAGCAACUACAGUAACAACAACCACAACAACAAGCAUCGCGCCAAUGUUUUCAUUUGGAAAUGCAACCACAAAAGCAGCAGCCGCAGUAACAACGACAACCAAUACACCGGCGGCUGCACCAGCAAUGUUCACUUUUGGCAAGCCCGCAACUGCAGCAACAACAAUCAGCACAACAGUUGCAUCAGCAACAACAGUUACAGCAGCAGCAACAACAGAUGCAAAUGCUUCUUUGUUUAGUUUCGGCAAUGCGACAACAGCAGCAGCAACAACAGCAGCUACAAGCGCGUCAAUAUUUAGUUUUGGCAAUGCUACAGGUGCAGCGACAGCAACAACAACGGCACCAACAGGCGCAGCAGCUAGCAAACCAUUCACAUUUGGCAACAUCAGCAACAAUAAUGCAGCAGCAGCAACAGUUGAUGCCGCUGCUGUGCCUGCCUUAAAGCUGAAUAACUGGACGCAGAAGCCCACAGAAGCCGCGACCUUUAACAACAACGGCAACAAUGUCUUUGGCAAACCGGCAAUAGUCGCUGAGCCCACAAAACUGUUUAGCUUUGGCAACAGUUCAGCGAAUGGGCCAGCUGCCACGUCCGUUGUCGCGUCGACUACCGCGCCAGUUGCAACGCCCGCAGCAACGCCUAUUUUUGGUGGAGCCACUGCAGCAGUAGCUGCAAAGCCAGCUUUUAGUUUCGGCGGCGCGGCAACGGCAGCAGCAACAGCCCCGCCCGCUGCUAGCAACGCGAAUCUAUUCUCAUUUGGCGGUGCCACAAGCGAUUCAGCUAAGCCUGUGGCAAAAGCAACACCAUUUACGCUGCCCAACAGCAGCAGCAACAACACCAGCAAUCUAUUUAAAUUUGGCGACAGCGAUACUGGACCCAAAAUGACAAUAACAACAACAGCAGCAGCGCCAGCACCUGCAGCCAGCUUUAAUUUUAAUGCCAGAGCAGCAGCAACAACACCAAACCCCAGCAGCACAUUCAGUUUCGGUGCCACGCCGAGAGCGACGCCUACGUUUGGCAGCACCAGCAGCAGCAACAACAAUGCAACUGCUGCAAAGCCUUUUGCAUUUGGCGGUGCCACAGAGCAGCAGCAGCAGGCGGCCGCAGGAACACAGACGCCACAACAACCACGCACUGGCGGCUUCUCCUUUGCUGCAGUGGCGCAGAAAAAUGAGUCCACAAACUUAUUUGGCUCACCAACAGCAACACCAUCAGCAGCAGCAGCUGCAGGAGCAACAUCAGCAGCACCAGCAACGGGCAUUGUAAAGCCUAGUUUUAAUUUUGGAAGUAACUCAACAACACCAUCAUCAGCAACAGCAGCAGCAACAGCAUCGCCCAGUUUCGGAGGUUUUGCGGUGCCAGCAGCGCCGGCGGGCAAUCAAAACAAACCAUUUGCAUUUGGCGCCAGUGCCACGCAAAAUAAUUCCAGUUCGCCAAUGGGCGGCAAUCUGUUUGCCAGUGCUGUGGCCGCUGCACAGCAGCAGCAGCAGCAACAGUCAAAGCCAGGCGUCUUCUCAUUUAACAGCAACAGCAGAAGCGCUGCAUCGCCACCGCAAGCAGCAACUGGAAAUGCACCAUUUGCAUUCGGUGGUGUUACUUCACCAGCGCAGAGCAACAAUACCGCUAAGCCGUUUACAUUUGGCGCCAGCGCCAACAAUAAUGCAACGGCCAGCAAUGUUUUUGGCAGCCCAGCCGCAGCGCCGACAGCAGCAUCUCCUGCGAGCAGUGGAGUCUUUAAUUUUGGUGGCACCACAGCUGCACCGCGCAUGCCAACCACACCGCAGCAGCUCAACAGUGGCAAUUUCUUUGCGCCGCCAAGCACCCCCGAAAAUCGACCCAUUCGACGAGCAACGCGACGCCUGCAAAAGUAGAGCUCAAAAUUCGCUUAAAUUUCUUUUAGCUUUAAUUUUGAUUAUGUUUGAGUGACCGCUGUUAAAGAAUUUCAAAUAAAAAUGCUUAAGAAAUGAUGUGUAAAUAAAUGCUAAGUGCUUAACAACA